UUUGACUUGCACGGAGUAGAUGGGCGAUGGCCGUAGCCGGUGGACCGAUAUGGAGGUUCGUGUGUUUCUUGAGAGCUGCUUGGAGGAGAUGGCAGCGUUCACCAUCACCUCCAACUCCCCCAAGCCGCAGGCAUGGCAGAACCUAAUACACAAGAUGUACACCAAGUGCAAGAAGAAGGUGAACAAGGCUCAAUUGGAGUACAUUUGGGGGCAGUGUAAGAAGCGGUACAACAGGUGGGUGUGGCUAGAAUCGCAUGCAAGCGGGCUGGGUCGUGAUCCCCAUACAUCAGCCAUUGUUGCCGAUGAUGAGUGGUGGGAAAGCAAGAAUGCGCAAAAUAAAGGUGUCUUAAGCUUCAGGAAUGAUCCUCUGAAGCACAUUGACCUUCACCACGCGGUAUUCAGUGGGCACACAGUUGUCGGAAACCACUCCGCCGUCGCAGGGGCAGCCCCACAGGCACCGCAAGGAGCAGUUCAGUGGCAGACCAUCGACAUGGCGCAGCUCGCUGCUGCUUAUAGACCACCACCUCCAACUCCACCCCCAACGGCAGCAGACCGGGGCAAGGGAAAGAGGCCAGCAGCAAACACUACUGCCUCAGGGAGUUCUUCCAAGAAGUCACGAAGCGACUCCGCUGGACUGGCUUUGGAGAGGAUUGCGGACAUCCGAGAGCAGAGCUACCAGAGUCGUGUUGCUCAGAUGGAAGCAGAGAAGUCUAUGGGCCUUGAUGCGUGCAUGGAGUUGGUGGAAAAUGAUGGCCAUGAAAUUGGAGGAAGUGUGUGGUAUGCUGCUUGUGCGCUAUUCCGUGACCCAUUCACCUGCAAAUGCUUUGUUCGAAUCAAGGACGCCGCUAGGCGCUUGGAAUUUAUACGCACUGGUGGUACUGGACAGUCAUCUGGUGGCACCUGGUAGUUUGUGCACUGUACUUUACUUUGAGUUGUGAUGGGCGAUGUUUUUCAAAUAAACCAUUAUUUAUGUUUAGAACUCAGUGUGCUAACAAUUUUUACAUUCUGUGAGUCCGUAAACAUUUGCGGCUUUAUAUCCAAUUCGAGCAACUACGUAUUCCAUUGCAUUGCUUUUAUAUCCAAAUAAUU